UUAAUUAUUAUGACAAAGGAGGAUUCAGUGAAAUUCAUAAAGCUAUCUGGUUAGAUGGACCUAUUUAUAGUUGGAAUUUUGAAAAACAACAAUGGAAUAGAUGUAAUUUUCAAACAGGUUAUGAGGUUAUUCUUAAAAUACUUAAUAAUUCAUCAAAUUUAAAUAAUAAAUUUCUGGAUGAGUGGAAAUAUCAUUAUAAUUGUCAGAAGAAAUCAUUUUCAAAAUUUAUUCAAUUCUUUGGAAUUACCCAAGAUCCAAAUAAUUCAAAUUAUAUGAUAGUAAUGAGUUAUGCAAAAAAGGGAAGUUUGAGAAAAUGUUUAUCUGAUAUUAAUAAAUUUAAAUGGCAAGAUAGGUUACAAUUAUUGAAAAGUAUUAUAUUAGGACUUAAAGUAAUUCAUAGGUCAGAUUUAGCUCAUGGUGAUUUUCAUGAUGGUAAUAUUUUAAUUUCAGAUAAUUAUAAUGAGUUAUUUAUUAUUGAUUUAGGAUUAUGUAAACCUAUAAGUGAUUUACAGGAUUCUGACAAUGAAAUUUAUGGAGUAUUGCCUUAUAUGGCGCCUGAAAUAUUAAGAAGAAAUCCCUAUACUCCAGCAAGUGAUAUUUAUAGUUUUUCAAUGAUAAUGUGGGAAUUUACAUCGGGCAUUCCUCCAUUUAAUUAUGAAGCACAUGAUCUUGAACUUAGUUUGAGUAUUUGUGAAGGUGAACGUCCUAAAAUUAUGAAAAAAUACUCCAAAAUGUUAUAUAGAUUUAAUGAAAAAAUGUUGGGAUUUGGAUCCUUUCAAUAGGCCAACUAUAAU